GACGCCAUCUUGCUAGUUUGCGGCCGGACUUGGAAGUGGUGGUGGCGGUAGCCGUGGUGAGGGCGUGGAGAAGGGUGGAGUGAGUGGGCGAGGCCGCGACGAGGGCGGCAAGAUUCUCCUCCCCUUGGCCCUUCCGCUUGGGACGGCGUGGACGUGUUUUCGGAGGGAUGUCCGCCUUCUCUGAGGCGGCGCUGGAGAAGAAGCUGUCGGAGUUGAGCAACUCGCAGCAGAGCGUGCAGACCUUGUCCCUGUGGCUCAUCCAUCACCGCAAGCACUCGCGGCCCAUCGUCACUGUGUGGGAGCGGGAGCUACGGAAAGCCAAGCCCAACAGAAAGCUUACUUUUCUCUACCUAGCCAAUGAUGUCAUUCAAAACAGCAAAAGGAAGGGGCCAGAGUUUACAAAAGACUUUGCACCUGUUAUAGUGGAGGCUUUUAAGCAUGUUUCAAGUGAAACUGAUGAAAGUUGUAAGAAGCACCUUGGAAGAGUGUUAUCUAUUUGGGAAGAAAGAUCUGUUUAUGAAAAUGAUGUAUUAGACCAACUUAAGCAAGCUCUAUAUGGUGAUAAGAAGCCUAGGAAGCGAACUUAUGAACAGAUAAAAGCAGAUGAAAAUGAAAAUUGUUCCUCUCUGGGAUCUCCAAGUGAACCACCACAGACUUUAGAUCUUGUUAGAGCAUUACAAGAUCUAGAAAAUGCAGCUUCAGGUGAUGCAGCGGUUCAUCAGAGGAUAGCUUCUUUGCCUGUUGAAGUCCAAGAAGUGUCCCUACUAGAUAAAAUAACAGAUAAAGAAUCUGGAGAACGGCUUUCUAAAAUGGUAGAGGAUGCUUGUAUGUUGCUGGCAGAUUACAAUGGCAGAUUGGCAGCAGAAAUAGAUGAUAGGAAGCAACUCACUCGAAUGUUAGCAGAUUUUCUUCGUUGUCAAAAGGAAGCCCUUGCAGAGAAAGAGCAUAAAUUGGAAGAAUACAAGCGCAAGUUAGCCAGAGUUUCCCUGGUGCGCAAAGAACUCAGGUCCCGGAUCCAGAGCCUGCCAGAUUUAUCUCGAUUGCCCAAUGUCACUGGCAGCCACAUGCAUCUGCCUUUUGCUGGGGACAUCUACAGUGAAGAUUGAUGACCAUUCUCUUCCUAGGGCCCAGGACUUUGCAAGAGAUGGAAACAGGUUAGGUGGAUAGUCCUGUAGUGUUAUUUUUGUAUACUGUUGGGAGAGUGAUACUAACAAAAGAAACAAGUAAUUUAUGAAAUUGUUUAAAAUGUUGGUUUGUUUACUAUUUUAUUAGUAAAUUAACAUGACUUAGUUUAAACAAAGUGAGGAUGUGUGUGUAUUAAUAAGCUCACAAAUAGUGAUUACUUUCAAGAGAUUUUUGUAAUUUUUUUUGAUCCAAGGCCUUGUGAAAAAUUCCAUGUUUCUAUUUCUUCAUGUAUUUUCAAUUGUUUUUCUUUAUUGUUUUCAGUAUCUAAUCACUGUAUACUAUCCAGUUACUGAAGAGGAAGAACUAAUCAGGAGUUGGUUGAGACUUUAUUAUGGUAUAGGUAGGACUUGAUUAUAGGAGAAACUAAAUGUUCCAACUUAAUCUUCACCUUUCUCCCCAACCCAAGUACUGGUUCUGUGCCUCUCCAUGCCUUCGAUUCCUAGUGGUCAGCAGUAUAACACUAAACAUGGGCAUCAACUGAAGGGUCGGAUCAGAGCCUAGAGAACUUUCCCCUGGUAGCAGUCCUUUCCAGCUGCCCAGUGUAGAGUAAACAAAUGUUAAAUAAGGACUCCUUUGAUUACACUGUUUAAAAUUAUUUGAGUCAAUUAAUAUGAAAAAGCUUUGGAAAUACUAUAAAUUUUGACACUCUACCAAGAGGAUAACUUUGGUUCUGGAACUGAUUUCUAUUUAACAAAUCAGUUUUUUAACAUAAUUGAUCCCUUUAAUUAAAAAACAUACAUAUAUGGAAUUAAAAGAAACAUACAAGAAUGACAGUUUUAUUCCCUAAACUAUAUAACUUUUAAAAAAUUGUAUUUUUAGCUCUAAUAGCUCUAGAACACAGUAAUCAUUACUGUUUAGUAAAGUAGACUGGAACAUUUUUGAUGUUUCUGUAGGAAUUUUGAGUGACUGUAUAUUUGGAAAUUAAGCAGUACUACACUACAGGGUAGAUCUGGUAAAUUUUAUAUUUGUACAUUUACAGAUGUAAAUACAAAGCAAAUGUACUUUUACCUUUUAUUUCUAACCUUGUGUGUUAGUGCAGUUGCAUGCUCUGCAGCUUUCUUUUUAAGUCACAUUGUUAAGCUGUGGAUUUGUCUUUAAUAAUGACUUAGAAUAAACAUUUUUCUUCAUUCAUUGCUUUACAUAUUAGACAUUUCUCAUUGUAAGCAGAUUCAAAUUAGAUAAUAAAACAUUUUUUAAAUCACAGAAGCCAAUUACAUUUCAUUACUCUGAAUGGCUUCACUCUGGGUUUUUUUUUUCAGUAUUAGAGAUUAUAGUUAAAAUAAAUUUACAUUGUUAAGGAAAAGGCAUACAUUUAUUAAUAGCUAGUAGUUAUAGAAACAGUGCUUUUACCAAUGUGACCUCUCCCCAAAACAGAAACAUAUAGUAGUCCCAGACCACAUAUGUCUUAUGUUCCAAAGUGUUUUAGACAACUUUUGGGAGUUAGGAUACAUUUUCUCACAGAAACAGCAGUAAUUGGGUUCCCUAUGCACACUACCACUAAAAGCUCACAUUGGAACCUAAUCCACUUAACUAUGGAUGUACUUAACUUACAAUAUGGUUGAUAAUUUUUCAUCAUAGACCCUGACGAAUAUUUAAUAACAUCACUCUAAGGAGAUUGUGUGCAGCAGCGAAACUGACACAUGGGGGUGCCUGCCUGCGCUGUAUACCUCUGUCCCUAGGUGUAGGAAAUAGAAGAAGAGAUUCAGCAGAGGGAAAGAGGACGUAACAAAUAUACAAUUAGAAAACCUGCUUAUAUCUAUUAUGAAAGUAUACUUAGGUUUUGUUGUUGCAAAUGUGAAAGCAAAAACUUCUAUGUUAAUUUAUUUUCCAUAUCUUGACCUUAUUUAUAAUCUGCUAAAGUGGUGAUUUACCCAUUCAAUAUAUAUUCAGUUGGGUAGCUCCCUAACUGAACAUAAACAGUAGUCUCUUCUAGAAGUCAUGUUCUCAGCCUUAUGAUAGUUAACUUAGGCCUUAGCAGUUAAUAGUCUUCCUUCUUAAAAGGUAGACUAAAUUUUCACAGAAAAUGGGGUUAGGUUGGGGGUACUACAAUACCAAAUUCUUAAAUCAUGAGCAUUUUCUUCACUGUGUACCUGAGGGAAAUCAUGCAGCUGAGUUGGUUUGGCCUGGUCCCUCAAGAGAAAAGCAUGUCACCAUAUUUGAAUGAGGGGUACUGUGCUUUGAAUGGAUACUAUCACUCUUUUCUCCAUGAACAGUGCAGAUUGCUGUCUGGAGCGCCAGUUUGAACAGAUUCCCUGGUGCUCCCUCUGCUCCUUCCAUCACUACAGCAAGUAAAAGAACCAUAUUGAGGAACUGGGAGUCUGAGAAAAUGAGUUGUGCUCAAUACCAACCUCCCUAUGAGGAAAACCGUUCCAUAUGCAGCUAUUUUGGUAUCUUUUCCACAUGUACUCUGAAUCAGGGUUUUUCUAUUAGAAAUCCUUCGGAAUCAGCAAAAGCUGGGAUGACCCAGUCACCUUGAUUUGCAAAUUAAAAGAACAAACCUAGGUUAUCAGUUUUCACUGUAAAGGAGAAGCUCAUCUCUUCACAGUAUAGUGUUGAACUGGUUCUGACACCUCUUUAGAGAGAAAAAUUCCAAGAGUAAAAGUUAAUUUUAGGGAAAGGUAGAUGGUUCUUUCUGAAUUUUUCAUUCUAAAAAUUUAUAUAAUAUGGAAUAACAUAAAGCUACUAAACUGCUUUGUAUGCUAUUAAGAAAUAGCUCCUCAAAAUGUAGUCAUGUUUCACAGAAGUUGUACUAUGUCAAAGCUUUUUAAAGUGUACUCCCAGUUCUCCUCUGUAUGGAAAAGGAACAUUGUGUUACUUAAUGAAUUUAUUUAUACAGAGAAUUUGUUGACAACUCUUAAUUCCAGCCAUCCACACUGUUGUGAGGUGGCAGUAGCACAUGGGAAGAUGAACUCUCCCUGUUUGUUUAUCCUUUUUUCUUUGGCUGUAUCUGAUGACAGUAUAAAUGUUCUUAAUAAAGUUCUAUGUUCUUUUUGAAGUUUCCUCA